CCCCAUUAGUCACAAAAGAGUAAAAGAGGGGAAAAUGCAUGGUGUGAAUCGAAUGAGUGAUUUCCCUCUUUAGCUUUUGUUUCUUCACUUCUUUAAUACCAACUAACAGAGAUUUAUAACACUUUUGUGAAAGAGAGUACGUACCCAUAAAUAAUUUUGCAUAAAUUAACACGAGAUUGAUUAGCUCGUUGACGGAUUAGUUGUAGUUCACUUUAUAUAAUACCCAUCUCUUCCAUUUUCUCUCUCUCUCUCUCCCUCUCUCUCUCUCCCUCAGAGGUUUGUAGAAGGUGAAAAGAAAGAAAUCAAAGGAGAAACAGAUUGGAACCAUGGUUUUUCCAGGGGAAUCAAUGGAGGGCUCUCUCUCACCCCGGAGGAAAAAAGGUAGGGGAAAAAUUGAAAUAAAGCGGAUCGAAAACACAACCAAUCGCCAGGUGACCUUCUGUAAACGCCGCAAUGGAUUGCUUAAGAAAGCCUAUGAAUUGUCAGUUCUUUGUGAUGCUGAGGUAGCUCUGAUUGUCUUCUCCAACCGCGGCCGGCUUUAUGAGUAUGCCAACAACAGUGUCAAAGCAACAAUUGAAAGGUACAAGAAAGCAAAUUCAGACUCCUCCAAUACUGGGUCAAUUUCUGAACUAAAUGCUCAGUACUAUCAGCAGGAAGCUGCAAAAUUGCGCGUGCAAAUUUCAAAUCUGCAGAACUCAAGCAGGGACAACAUUUCCAGGCAGAUGCUGGGUGAAUCUCUGUGCUCUAUGUCUCUCAGGGAACUCAAAAACCUUGAAACCCGUCUAGAGAGGGGCAUUAGCAAAAUUCGCUCCAAAAAGAAUGAGCUCUUGUUCGCUGAAAUCGAACUUAUGCAAAAGAGGCAGGAAAUUGACUUGCAUAACCGCAACCAAUACCUCCGAGCAAAGAUAGCUGAGAAUGAGAGAGCCCAGCAACAGAUGAACUUGAUGCCCGGGGGUUCUUCUGAGUAUGAGCUCAAUAUCCAGCCUCCAUCAUUUGGUGCUCGCAACUUCCUUCAAGUGAAUGACUUGCAACCCAACCAUCAGUUUUCUCGCCAUGACCAAACUGCACUUCAGCAAGUUUAAUAUGAAGAAAGGGCACGCAAUUUCUCCUGCCAUCUACUCCUGGUGUAGAUCUAGUAUUUCACAUGAUAAAGCUUCUGCUAUCUCUGGGAAUGUUGAAAUCAAAAUUCAAAGGAUUCCUACGUUUGUUAUUUGGGGGUUCAUCCUUCUACACUAAGAUUAUGAUGUUACAAAUGUAUACUUAUUUAUGUUAUUCCUAUCCAUGGUGCUUAUGGCGUAAACAAAUUGGAGUUGAAUUGUUGAAUUCUAAGAUAAAUUAAUAGAUCGCUUAGAUUUUGAUGAAAA